CCCGGAGGGGCUGAGCUUCCUAGAGCAGAGGCUGCAAGAUCCGGUCAGCGGCGUCUGUGGAGAUGGAAAGCCUCGAUCCUCGGGUGCUGUGGUCCCCCCCGCUGUAGGGGGGCUCCGGCGGCGGCAGAGGGGCUUGGAAGGGUGGGUGGGAUCCGGUUGCAGUUGCCCCCCCCCCCUGCCUUUCCUUCCCCCGCAAGACCUCCAACUUGCUUUUGCAGUCCGGCCAGCAACAUUUCUGGGAACUCGCCCUUCCCCAAGUCCCUUGUUUCAUGCGCCUGCUAGGGGCAAAGUGCCGCGCUGCGAAAAGAUUGGCAAAAUGAUGUGUGUGUUUGUCAUUGGAACAUUCCCUCCCCCUGGGGGAAGAGAUAUGAUGGCAGCGGAAACAGCUCAGGCCCCACCGUUUUCCUUCGAAGAGGUGGCCGUGUACUUCACUGAAGAGGAAUGGGCGCUUCUUGAUGCUGAGCAGAGAGACCUGUACUGGGAUGUUAUGCAGGAGAAUUAUGAAAAUGUGGCUUCCCUGGCCGUUCCGAUACCAAAACCUGAGUUGAUCUCUCGGCUAGAGCGAGGGGAAGGUCCAUGGAUCCAAAAUCCCCCGGCUUUUGAGGAGAAGAAGCUAUGGAUCACAAAUCCCCAUGUGUCUGAAGAAAAAAAGCCAUGGAUCCUAAACCCCUAUCCUUUGGAGGAAAAAAAGAUCCCUGUAAAUAUUUGUGAAGGGAUCACAGGGAAUAAUAUUUGUCUGGAUUCUCCCUCUGUCCCAGCAAGUGAGGUCAUAGUGAGGGAGAUCAAAGAAGAGACCCCCGAACAGGAAACCCCCAAACAAGCUGAGCCCCAGUGGACUUUACUGGGGUCAUCCUCAGGGAACGCCAGCUUGAACCCCGAGACCUGUGAGACCCGGUGUGGAUUGCUGAGGCAGUGGGACAUGCCGCUGGGGGACACGUGGCGAGAACCCUCUCGCCACUUGAGGGCUGCCAACUCCAAGAGGAGCAUGUUCCACGUGGGGCGGAAGAAGCUGAUGUGUCCGGAAUGUGACCGGUGGUUCCACUGCAAAUCGGAGUUUUUGCUGCACUGGAGGACUCACACGGGGGAGAAGCCCUACGAAUGCCUCGCUUGCGGGAAGAGGUUCAUCCAGAGCUCCCAUCUCAGUGCCCACCGGCGCAUCCACACGGGAGAGAAGCCCUAUGAGUGCCCCAAGUGUGGACGGAGCUUCAACCGCCGCUCCACCCUGACCGAACACCUGAGGAUCCACACGGGGGAGAAGCCCUACAAAUGCCUUGAGUGCGGGGAGUGCUUCCGAUGGAGGCCGUACCUGACUAAGCACCAGAGGGUCCACAUGGGGAACACUGCCUUUAAAGGCCUGGACAAUGGAGAAGCCAUGUUUGAAAACUCAUCCCUGGCUGAUCAUCAGGGAAUCCACCCAGCAGACAUUGCCGUGGCAGGUGGGAAAACCGAGGCAGGUCUCCAGAAUGCUGGGUCAGCCAAUCAACAGGGGUCUGUGUGUAACACAGAGCUUUCCAAUGGCAAACAAGAUUCGGGGGGUCAGGCGCUGGAGAGGCCUAUCAAGACUGAGGCAGAGCUGACCCCAGACGAGAACGAUGUUACCGACGUCAGCCAGAUCAAGAUUGUUCAAGUCGAGAAGAAGCACGUGUGUCAUGAGUGUGGGAAAGCCUUUCAGUACAAGUUCGAACUGGUGAAGCAUCACCGAACCCACACGGGGGAGAAACCUUUUGAGUGCCUGGCCUGCGGGAAGCGCUUUUUCCAGAGCACGCACCUCAACGCCCACCUGCGCAUCCACACGGGGGAGAAGCCCUAUGAGUGCCCCAAGUGCGGGCGGAGCUUCAACCGCCGCUCCACGCUGACCGAGCACCUGAGAAUCCACACAGGGGAGAAGCCAUACAAGUGCCUGCAGUGCGGGGAGAGUUUCCGAUGGAGGCCAUACCUGACCAAGCACCAGAGGGUCCAUGCAGGGGACAAUGCCUACAAGUACUUUGACAAUGGGGAGAGUCUUUAUGACAGCUCUGUCUUUCCUGACCCUCCGGAAGGAAUCCACCCAGAAUACCUCAUUUCCACACCUGACAUGCUGUCCCAUACAAGACCUCAGGGAGAGCCAUGGCUUUCCAAUAGUCAGAGCGCCAAGGAGAGACAAGGUCUUGGAAGUGACCAGGAAGCUGAAGGACUGGUGGAGCCAUCCCAGGGUCCACCUGAGGGAGAACCAGAGCCUUCAGACUCACCUCAAGGCCUCUCCCUGGCUUACAAUGGCAUAGGAGCCAGUGAUUCUUGUCAUACUGUGGUGAUUGAACACCUGGGAGAAAAUCCUCAGCCAAGGAGCCCUGAGCUAGAAGAACUCAAUGAUGCAUUACUGGGCAGAUCACGAGGGGAUCUCUCCCUAAAGCCCAGGGACACCCCUGAAAAUGGACUUGGAUCACUGGAACCACCAGCCAAGGAAUUGGGGGGAUCUGUUGAGUGUGGGAUGGCUUAAAAUGAAGUUAUUCCAAAUUCCAGCUUUAUUCUUGAGUCCACUGGAACUGCUGGAGGACCCUGCAUUUGGAGGACGGUGUGCCCCACCUGAGCUCUUAGUCCAGAAAGAAAUAAAGAAAACCUUCAGAGUUCACCUUACAAGCAAUCGGUCUUGAGAA